AUGGAUCUUAGCAAGGCGUAUGAUACUAUUGAGUGGGAUUUUUUGGAAGACUUGCUUAAAGCUCUUUGCUUCCCUUCUAAGUUCAUAAAUUGGAUUAUGGUUUGUCCCCGAGGCACGUCUUACUAUUUGAUGAUGAAUGGGAGGAUUCGUUGUAGGUUUAAGGGGAAGAAGGGUCUUAGACAAGGGGAUCCCAUUUCACCUCUACUGUUUUUUUUUAUUACGGACUACUUGACCCGUCUGCUUCAGCAUGCUACUCAAGAUACUAAGUUUAAAUUCUACCCUAUGUGUAAGAGCCUUAAACUUGUGAAUCUCUGUUUUGUUGAUGAUUUGGUUAUACUAUGUAAGGGUUCUAUUGAUUCUGCAAGGGUAGUGCAAAAAGCUUUUCAAGAAUUCUGUGAUACCACUGGUUUGUCUGCUAAUAAGCACAAAUCUCAUAUUUACUUUAGAGGUGUUGAUGAGGCUACUAAUCAUUGUAUAUUGGCAGUUGUUAACAUUGCCGAAGGGUCUUUUCUUCUCAAGUAUCUUGGGAUUCCGCUGAGGCCAACGAAAUGGAAAGCUUCUGACUGUGGUCUUAAUCUUAAGAAGAUUCAAUUGAGACUUCAUACGUGGGCUAGUAUGCAUCUUUCUUUUGCUGGAAGAGCCCAACUUAUUCAAUCGAUUUUAAUAGGUAUUAGAAGCUACUGGAUGAGCAUUUUCCUCUUGCCUCAAAAAUUUAUUUCUAAAAUAGACAAGCUUUGUCAAAUGUUCUUAUGGGGAGUAAAGGAGAACAGAUGUAAGGUUCAUCUCACCUAUUGGGAACAAGUUUGCUUACCUAAGGAGUAUGGAGGUAUUGGUUUUCGGGAAGGGAAUAAGUGGAAUAAGGCUCUUCUAGCUAAAUAUGUGUGGGCUGUUUUUACAAAACAAGAUUGUCUUUGGGUUAAAUGGGUGAACAAUGUGUAUCUAAGAGAUCAAGAUUUUUGGUCUUACUCUUUUAAACAGGGUGUUAGGUGGUACUUUAAGAAACUAGCUAGGCUCUAUACCUAUUUUGUAAAGGAAAAAGUUCUGGAAGCUAGUCGGUCAAGGAGAUUUAAGGUGAGGAUUUUUUAUAACUCCUUUCUGUAG